UCCCUCCCUCCCUUCUUCCCCUUCCCCUGCCUCACCAUUACAUCAGACGAACCAGGGAAAACGGAGCCGCAGCCUUGCUUGCUUGCUUUUCCCUCCCUCGCGCUUCCCCCCCUCGCCCUGGAGUGGAAUCUCUGCGGCUGCUUUGCUGCCCAAUCUUUUGGAAAAUCUCCUCUUCUUCACUGUACCGAUCUUGUUCCCCAAUCAGAAUCCCCAGAGCGAUUUUUCUUGUCAUCAAUUAUUCGCUCUUGUGAUGGAGGCCUGCUCUGCCUUUGAAUCUUGAGGUUCUUGCCCUUGUGUGUCGGUGGGUGAUUUGAUCCGUCCCUUGGCACACAGCCGUCUUAGAUGGCUGGACCUGCCUCUUCUUCUUCCUCCGUCGCUUCUUCUUUGGAGGAACAAUAGCCCUCCCUGGUGGUUCUUGAGGAAAGGAGAGGACCGGCCAUGGCGUCGUCAUCGAGGAUGAGCAGGGCUCUUACUCUGCUCCUCCGCGUCCUCUUCCUGUGCAAUGCGCUGUCGGUCGUCCUCCCGGCGAGGACAGCGAACGUGACCAUCGGCGCGCUCCUCACCUUGGACUCCGUCAUCGGGAGGUCGGCCAAGACCGCCAUCGAGCUCGCCGUCGCCGACGUCAACCGCGACGCCGGCGUGCUCAGGGGGACCAACCUGAGCGUGCUCAUGCAGGACACCAAGUGCAGCGGCUUUGUCGGCACCAUCCAAGCGCUGGAGCUGAUGGAGAAGAAGGUGGUGGCCGUACUAGGUCCCCAGUCCUCGGGGAUCGCGCACGUCGUCUCCCACGUCGUCAACGAGCUGCACGUCCCGCUGCUCACCUUCGCCGCCACCGAUCCGGCGCUCUCCUCCACGCAGUACCCCUACUUGGUCCGCGCCGCCCACGACGACUCCUUCCAGAUGAACGCCGUCGCCGACCUCGUCGCCCACUACGGCUGGAGGGAGGUCACCGCCGUCUACGUCGACGACGACUUCGGCCGCGGCGGCGUCGACGCCCUAGGCGACGCGCUAGAGGACAUGCGCUCGAGGAUAUCCUACAAGGCCGCGUUCCCGCCCGGCGCCGACCGCGCCGCGCUCGGCGAGCUCCUGCUGCAGGCCAACAUGAUGGAGUCCCGCGUCUUCGUCGUCCACGCCAGCCCGGACUCCGGCCUCGACAUCUUCGCCGUCGCGCAGACCCUCGGCAUGAUGGCCAGCGGCUACGUCUGGAUCGCCACCGACUGGCUCGCCGCGGCGAUCGACUCAACGCGGCCGACCAGCCCCAAGACGAUGAGCCUCGUACAGGGAGUGGUCACGCUGCGCCAGUAUACGCCGGACUCCGAUGCCAAGAGGUCCCUCGUGUCAAGGUUCAUCAGCAGCAGGAACAACGCGACCGCGAGCUUGAACGCCUACGGGCUGUUCGCCUACGACUCCGUCUGGAUGGCGGCGCGCGCGAUCGAUCAGUUCCUGGACGACGGGGGCAACAUAUCCUUCUCGCCCGACCCGAGGCUGCGCGACGCCAACGGGAGCGCGCUGCGCCUGAGCACGCUCACGGUGUUCGACCAGGGCGACCAGCUGCUGCAGAAGGUGAUGCUGGCCAACUUCACCGGCGUCACCGGCCGCGUGCGGUUCGGCUCCGACAGAGUCCUGAUCAACCCCGCCUACGAGGUCCUCAACGUCGGCGGCACGGGCGUGCGGCGGGUCGGGUACUGGUCCAACUACACGCGCCUGUCGGCCACCGCGCCCAGGCUGCUGGACAGCGGCCUGGGCGCGCCGAACAACGUGAGUCAGCAGCAGCUGUACAGCGUGAUCUGGCCGGGGGAGACGACCGUGCCGCCGCGCGGGUGGGUGUUCCCCGACAACGGCAAGCCGCUGAGGAUCGGCGUGCCGUACCGGACGACGUACAAGCAGUUCGUGUCCAAGGACUCCGGCCCGGAUGGCGUGAGCGGGUACUGCGUGGACGUGUUCAAGGCCGCCGUGGGGCUGCUCCCGUACCCGGUGCCAAUCUCCUUCAUCCUGUUCGGCGACGGCGUCAAGAACCCCAGCUACAGCGAGCUCGUGCAGAAGGUCGCCGACAAUUACUUCGAUGCUGCGGUGGGCGACAUCUCGAUCGUGACGAACCGGACGCGGGUGGUGGACUUCACGCAGCCGUACGUGGAGUCGGGGCUGGUGAUCGUGUCCACGGUGAAGGCCAAGAGCUCCAACGAGUGGGCCUUCCUCAAGCCCUUCACGCUGGGGAUGUGGGGCGUCACUGGCGCCUUCUUCCUUUUCGUCGGCGCCGUCGUCUGGAUCCUCGAGCACCGGUUCAACCCGGAGUUCAGGGGCUCACCGAGGAAGCAGAUCGUCACCAUCUUCUGGUUCAGCUUCUCCACCAUGUUCUUCGCGCACAGAGAAAACACUGUGAGCACGCUGGGUCGGUUCGUGCUGAUCAUCUGGCUGUUCGUGGUGCUGAUCAUCAAUUCCAGCUACACGGCGAGCCUGACGUCGAUCCUGACGGUGCAGCAGCUGUCGACGGGGAUCCAGGGGCUGGACAGCCUCCUCUCCAGCGACCAGCCCAUCGGGUACCAGGUCGGCUCCUUCGCCAAGAGCUACAUGAUGCAGGAGCUCGGCGUGCCCGAGUCGCGCCUCAGGGAGCUCGCCAUCGACAACUACGCCGCCAGCCUACAGCGUGGCCCAAGCAAUGGUGGCGUCGCCGCAAUCGUGGACGAGCUGCCCUACGUCGAACUCUUCCUCUCCACCAACUGUCAGUUCAGGACGGUCGGGCAGGAGUUCACCAAGAGCGGAUGGGGAUUUGCGUUCCAGCGGGACUCCCCCCUGGCGGUGGACCUGUCGACGGCGAUCCUGACGCUGUCUGAGAACGGCUACCUGCAGCGGAUCCACGACAAGUGGCUGAACACAGGGACGUGCGCGUCGCAGAGCAGCGACGUAGGCGCCGACAGGCUGAACCUGAGCAGCUUCUGGGGCCUCUUCCUCAUCUGCGGCGUCGCGUGCUUCAUCGCGUUGUUCAUCUACCUGGCGAGGAUACUCUGCCAGUACUGCGAGUACCACCGCCAAGGCGGUGGUGGCAGCGACGAUGGGGGCGCGUUCCCUGACCCGGAGAGGAGCGUGCGGCGGCCGGCUCGGCUGAGUAGCAUUCGGGAGCUGAUGACGUUCGUGGACAUGAAGGAGAAGGAGGUGAAGAUGGCCAUCAGGAGCAAGUCCGGCAACAGGCCGCUGGACAGGUCCAUCAACAGCAGGUCCGUCUCCGAAGGGACUUCCUUGUCGCGGCCGUCGUCGCUGUCGCCGAUGUAGCUUGCAUUGCGACGGCGUUCUUCAAAGACACGGGGAGAUUUCUGACUAAGUAGCAGGGUAAUUGAUAUAGUUUGAAGCUGAAGACACUUACAUUUGCUAGGACGCCGUGUAGCUGUAGAUGUAGGUGUAGAUGUAGGAAAGGAAGGAAGAAGGCGUAUGUAAUGUACUAGUGGAUGCAAUGCACAAAACUUGCUCAGGACGACUACACGAUCUAUCUGUAGGGAGCAAAAUGUACAAGACAUGUAGACACGUAUGGUGCCUUCCUGAAGGCAUCUGGCCGGCUGGCCCUGGUCAAUCUUGCUGUGAAUUAACAAAGCUCGAAGGCAAUUCCUUUGGAUGAGCUGCAAACCAAUUUUGGUGGUAAAUGCAAAGUCACAUCGAAGAGAGUA